AUGAACAGGCAGGUUCCACUCAUGUCUGUUCAGACUAAUAACAAUCUUGAUGGGAAUUCUACAACUUCUGACCAUGAACUUAAGCUUCCUCAGUUCUGGCAGGUACUGGGUCCUUUUCCUCAUGGCUCAAGAGAAAUUGGCGUGGAUCCACUAAGUGCAUAUGGUGGGUUUGAAAAUCUCGAGUAUAUAGAAGGAGCUCAAUAUUCAUCCGAGUUGGCAGAUGGUGGCUGGGUCACUUGGAGAAAUAUCUCUACAAACGUAGAUGGGUCUGUCGGUCCCAUUGACUAUCCAAACGUGCGUUGGGAUUUUAAUCGCAAAACAUUUGGCUGGGCGGUUUUACAUCAUGCCACUUAUUUUCGCGGAACUUUUAAUAUAGCAACUGCUGGUUCAUAUCUUGUAUCAUUUUCAGGUGUGAUCAGUUUCAAGAUUGAUGAUCGUUCAUUUGUUGGAAACCUGUACAGCUACAGACAUGCAUCAGACUCUGCAGUGUAUCUUGAGGCAGGAGAGCACUCUUUGUAUAUUCUAGUAUCUAUGGAUGUGCGUAUAUUUGGUGGUUCUACUCCACCUAAGCCUGUAUUCACUGGUUCGCUUGAAAAGGUUGAAGUGGAUGGACCUACUCGUGGAGUCGUGUCGUAUUCUCUGGAUACAAUACUUCCAGAUGUACUUGAUGGAAAAUUAGUUACAUCGUUUGCAAGCAUAACUAUUUUAAACGGACUCAGUCUACCAUCAAUGGUACACGGCACAUUGAAACAGCAAAGCAGAGUUGACGAAAGGAAUGUUUUUCAGUCUACUAGUCAGGCAAAUGAUAACUACACUGACACAUUGAUUGAUACAUCGAUAUAUGUUUUAAAGCCUCUCAAUAUUGCGCCUGGACAAGUUUUACCAAUUUCAUUUGAAUUUGCUGGCCCGUUUGAUGAUUUUCCUUUGGAAUUUUCCUUGUCGAUUACUCUCAAAACAUUAGACACGCUUGAAGAGUUUGAUGUACCUCUUGGCAAUUAUAAAUUGACUAAGCGCACUUGGGGUGAUCCAUACAAAUUCACCUACUAUGGAUAUGAUGGAACUGUUCAAUACGCAAUGGCCAAACCUCCAAUCAAGGCGUGUGUACGCUCAUCAAAGAUGGGAUGCCCUGUUGUUGUUGCUCUUCAUGGAUCUGGAGUAGAUGCCGAUUCUCCUUUUUGGCUGGAUGCUGUUAGACGACAAGACUAUGCAUGGGUUCUUUAUCCCACUGGUCGCACAUCGUGGGGAUUUGAUUGGCAUGGACCAUCACAUUUCAAUGUUGAAUCGUCCAUUGAUGCACUGCAACAGCUAGUUCCUGGUGUUUCCAAAGAUCUACGUAAUACUAUCUUUCCAACAUCAUCGCGUCGUGUCUACGUAGGUCACAGUAAUGGUGGACAUGGUGCAUGGUGGAUGGCAACUCACUUUCCAGACACUGUGCUUGCAGUGGUACCGGCUGCAUCAUAUGUCAAAAUUCAGCACUAUAUUCCAUACUACCUGCAUAUUGGAUAUGCUUAUGCCGAUCCUAUUUUACGCGCAAUAUUUGAGGCAUCUAUUUCGGAAAACGACCUUGAUCUGUAUAUACCUAAUAGUGGAGGUAUUCCGCUGCUUGCAAGAACUGGUGCAAUUGAUGAGGUUGUUUCACCUUUGCAUACUCGCCGACUUGUUCGGAUGGUAAACGAAUGGAAUCGAGACGCUACUUCUGCAUCAGUGUCUGAAGUGCCAAACAAGGGCCAUUGGUUUGAUGGCAUUUUAAAUGACGAUACCGUUCAGGACUUUUUGGAUCUUCAUUUACUUCCGGAAAACAAUCCCACGCUUGAGCUUCCUUCUCUCCCACAAGGAUUUACUAUUCAAACACUUAACCCUGCUUCUACUGGAUCUAAAGGAGGGAUUCGAAUUCUUCAACUUGAAGUACCAUUCCGUUUAGCGACAAUUCGUGUUCAUCGAUAUGAAAAUAUAUGGGUGUUAAACACUACCAACGUACGCCGAUUUGGAUUUACACACGAUGAGCGUCAGAAGGAAAUUACAUCUUGGUCAAUUGAUGGAACUGAUUUUUCCAAAUCUCCUGCAGAUGCUGGACCAUCGUAUCUUCGUGUAGAUGGAGUAUGGCAGGUUGCAGAUGAUUUAUUGUGGAUUAGUCGAGAGCGUCAUCCAAGCACAUAUGGCCCCGCUAAUCUGAUAUUCUCACACCCCUUUCGUAUUGUUAUUCCAUCAGAAGGUGUGGAAAAUCUAAAACUAUACUAUCACCUUGCUCAGCACAUUGCCUCCUCUUGGUAUCUGUUUGGACUUGGUAGUACACAGAUCAUACACGAUGUAGACGUGCUUGACGGUGUUGCUGCUAUGUUUAAUCUGAUAGUGCUUGGUGGUCCAAAUGAUAACAUGUAUACACGUCGACGAUCUCAAGAAGGUGGCUCAAGACAAAUCACCUUUUUGCCGAGUGGUGGAUUCAAACUACACGAUCGCACAUUUGAACGACCUGGUACGGGUGCCUUGUUUCUUUCGCCUAGUCCAACUCGUACUCGACUUGGGCUAUUUAUAGCUGGUAUAGAUGCGAUAGGACUUCAACGUGCUGCAUGGACCAUUCCCUUUCGUACUGGUAUUGAAGUUCCUGAUUAUAUGAUUGUGGGGGAUGAGUAUGGCGAUGCAGCUACAGGAUGGACAGCCGGCAAUGGAUCGCCUUUUGGUGGUGCUGGCACAAAAGGUGUGGGCGGUGUGUUUGCUGCAGGAUAUUGGAACAACACAUGGGACUAUGAUGAUCGAUGUGGAUAUUUGAAAUAG